CAUCAGAUGAGGCUAAAUGCAGAAAUGAAGUUUCUUGUAAAUCUUUGCGCAGUUGCAAGUAUUGUGUGUUUCGUUCUUUCUGAAGACAUGAAAGAAGAAUUGACAUUCAAUUAUGAAGAGAAAGUUUUGGAAAUGGUUUUGAAGGACAACAAAGAAAUAAUGAAUGAGAACUCGGGAAUUGAAAAUAACUACAAAAGUGUUCAAGAUGUCAAACAGUUAAUAAAGUUACUUAUAAAUAAUACGGAAGAGAACAAGAGUGAAUUAAAAAAUCUUUUUGCAAAACAUGACUCGCGAAUUGAAAACAACUACAAACGUGUUCAAGAUGUCAAACUGUUGAUACAAUCACUUAUAAAUAACACGGAAGAACAUGACUCGAAUUUUGUGGGGGGAGGAUGGUCGGACUGGGAGUCGUGGGGUUCCUGCUCAGUAGCAUGUGGUGAGGGAUUUCAAACACGCGUGCGUAGAUGUGACAACCCAACACCCUCAAGUCACGGGAGAUAUUGCCAUGGUGACGCCAAAGAAUGGCGGAUGUGCGAUGGGGCUCAAACAAAAGUGACAGAUUGUCUGGAUAUUUAUCGUAAAUGUCCAUCCUCACCUGACGGGGUGUAUCGAGUCAACUUGUGGAAAUCCAAGACGGCUAUCAGUGUGUAUUGCGACAUGACGACAAGCAACGGAGGAUGGACGGUGUUCCAAAACCGGUAUGACGGAUCGGAGGAGUUUUACUUAGAUCUCAAGGCUUACACUGAAGGGUUUGGAAAGACAUCAGCUGAAUUCUGGCUUGGGUUAAGAUACAUUAAAGAGCUCGCGGAUCAGGGGAAUACUACUCUUCGCAUGGAGGUAGGUGCCGCCGACGGAAGCGAGGCUUACGAAGAGUGGCCGGAAUUCCAGUUAGGAGCGGCGCCGGGUUACAAAUUGCACGUGGGAGGGAAUGGCACGGGAACCGCUGGUAGAGGUACCUUAUCUUGACCUUAUUAUCAGACAAUUUGUAGCAAUAAGUAAAAGCUACUGCACCCAACACCGGAGUUAAAAACAAUGAGCUCGAAGCAUGAGUUUAUGUGUACCAUAUUUAUCACGAUGGUUGGACCCAGUAUUAUAACUGUUUGUAAAAUCUUGUCACACUCGUCGUGCGAUGUAGCAUACAAACGAUCGAGAAAAACUUCUGAAAAAAGUAAAAGAUAAGUAAAAACGUUUUGUUAUAAUCGCACUUAUUUAGAAAAUGGCGAGCAAAUAUAGCAGUUG